UCUCCCAGCUGGCAGGUUUAAAACACAGCGUGCACACAUAGAAACAAGCUGCAGAUACCACUGGAAGUCUGUAGACUUAGAGAAGGCGGGAAGCAUGGAAAGCCUCUGUGCAGCAAACAGCACUUUUGCCGUGGACCUGUUAAGAAAGCUGUGUGAGAAGAAAAGGGGGCAGAAUGUGUUCUUUUCACCAUUUAGUAUUUCUUCUGCUUUGUCUAUGGUUUUGCUGGGUUCCAGAGGUAGCACUGAAGCCCAAAUAAGCAAGGUGCUUUCUCUGAACAAUGCCCGGGAUGCUCACAAUGGGUAUCAAUCCCUUCUCUCUGAAAUUAAUGAUCCAAACACCAAAUACAUCCUGAGAACUGCGAACCGGCUCUAUGGAGAAAAGACCUUUGAGUUUCUUCCAUCGUUUAUAGAGUCCAGUCAGAAGUCCUACCAUGCUGGCCUGGAACAGAUGGACUUUCUGCAUGCUUGGGAGGAUUCCAGGAAACAAAUCAAUGGCUGGGUAGAGGAAAGGACUGAAGGUAAAAUUCAGAACCUGUUGGCAGAGGGGAUUCUCGAUUCCUUGACCAGGCUUGUGUUGGUGAAUGCCAUCUAUUUCAAAGGCAAUUGGGAAGAGCAGUUCAACAAACAGAGUACCACAGAAAGGCCAUUCCAAAUUAAUAAGAAUGAGACCAAACCUGUUCAGAUGAUGUUCAAGGAGGCAAAUUUUAACAUGACCUACAUUGGGGAUUUCCAGACCAAAAUCCUUGAGCUCCCAUAUAUAGGUAAUGAACUGAGCAUGAUCAUCCUGCUCCCUGAUGCAAUCCAGGAUGGAUCCACAGGCUUGGAAAGACUGGAAAGAGAACUUACAUAUGAGAAGCUAAUAGAUUGGAUCAAUCCUGAAAUGAUGGACUCUACCAAAGUGAGGGUGUCUUUACCCAGAUUUAAACUGGAAGAAGAUUAUGAUCUGAAACCGCUUCUGAGCAGCAUGGGAAUGCCUGAUGCAUUUGAUUUGGGAAAGGCAGACUUCUCAGGAAUCUCAUCUGGCAACCAGCUGGUGCUCUCUGAAGUGGUUCACAAAUCCUUUGUGGAAGUCAAUGAAGAAGGCACUGAAGCAGCUGCUGCCACAGCUGCAGUGAUGAUGAUGCGCUGUGCAAUGAUAGUUCCAGAAUUCACUGCUGAUCAUCCCUUCCUCUUCUUCAUCCGGCACAACAAAACUUCCAGCAUUUUGUUCUGUGGCAGAUUUUGCUGUCCCUAAGGAGGAGAUGUCUUGGCUGCAUAUGUGCCAUCACAAAAUAAAUUUACAUUUCCCUAGAACAAGGUGAUUUCUUCUGUACUAAUUGUCUCUUUCAGCUGUAUCUGCACCCUCUUCCGUGACCUUGGGCUUGGCAGGAAUAUCAGAGCUGCUUAGACAAACAGAGCACCUGCCAUGUUCAACCCCUCCUGUGCCUGUGUGCAGGGGUCUCCAGGUUCUUGCUGACACAAGAGCCAUCCCAUUUGCUCUGCGAGUGCUUCUUCUGUGCUUGACUUGACUUUUGGUGUCCACCAGGUAGAGUCAGGCAGGGAGAGUCCAUGGGAGUGAAGUUGUUACUUUUGCUUGUGACAAGGCUGGAGCACAUUUGUAGCUGCUUUCCCCUUUUAUCUUCCAGACACAUCAAUUUAGUGCCUUGAUACCUUGCCUGGAGCAAUGUAUCAUUGCCUGGAGCAAUGCCUGAAAUGAGUUUUUGGCAGCCUGUUCCAGGUAUUACUGAACAUCCUGCAUAGAUGUGGGUUUUUGGCUAACAACUGAACCAGCACUUAGGCAAGAAUGGGAAUGAAAGUCUGCUUUUGUACCAGAUGUCCCUGUGAGGUAUUUCUGGGAUGAGUACCUUUAUUUCAUCACCCCAGGACACCUAGGUUUAUUCCUGGUCACCUGCUUCUGGUCCUUUAAUAAAGAAUGUAACAGAAGGACACAUGAUACCUAUGCAAUAUUUGAAUGACAAAGUCUUAAUUUCAUUUUUUUUCUCUUGCUACUGUUAUAUGUUUAUCCUAUUAAUAUUUUCUUAGACACCACAGUUUACCAGUAGAAUACCAAACUCAGAGGUGCAACAGCUCUCCUUGUAUUAGGAUGCGUUUUGUGGGUCCUGUUCCUGUAAUAAUAAAAGAAGUGUAAGCACUG